AUAACUGUUACGCGUAAGUAUCGCGUUCCUCCUCCCAUUGAAGGAUUCAUACCCACCCAUAAAAGGAUUCAAACCAUGUCUAUCCCAUGCCCUACCCACGCUCCGACCUCUCCGAGCUAUCCGCCCGUCGUGGGGAACCCGAUAACAGUAAUCAACCAAACUAUCGAUACAAGACCAGCCCGGCCCCAAUUCCCCCGUCAAAGCUCCCCUUGGAUCCUGAGUCAUGGAUACACUCCCGGGACCUUCCCCGUUGCGCGCGUUUUGACACCUGAUGUGGAGCGGCCUGGUGGGCACGGAUACUCUUGGGGAUGUUAGGUAGCUAUGUUAUCAGGGCUGAACUAUUGAUGGAGUGACGAUAAGAGAUAGAAUUGUUUGUUUUGGAGAUGUGAAUGAAUGAUGACUACCGGUAUUUAUCUAAGUGUCGAGAAUCCUUCCGCACAGACGGACUCCAUGAGCUUUAAUGCAAAACGGGGA